CGCCGCGCCGACCUGCAGCGCCCGGCUGCUCGCACUCCGCCUCCCUGGGCUCAGCCCCCGGCUCAGCCCCCGGCCGCGGCGGGACCAGAGCCCUGAGUGCCCGUGAGCCUCGCAUGGCCAUAGAGGGAACUGCUGGAGAACUCAUAAGCCAGGAGCGCCUCUCCUACGUCCCAAGUCGCCCAGUGAGCAGAGUGAGUGAAGCUCCGAAGGAGGGCACGCUGCUCAAGGACUGGGGCCAGAUGUGACCGUGAACCCGCAUUAACGUAGCUGAGUCAGCUUUCCCAGGAGCUCUCGGAGCUGCACGCGCGCGCCCCCGCCGGCCAUCCAGCCAUCCAGCCGUUUCAGCAGAUCGCCUCCGUUCAUGCUCUUGGGCAGAGAUCAAAUCUACAAGUUGUACAAUGGUAGAUGGAGUGAUGAUUCUUCCUGUGCUAAUGAUGAUUGCGUUCCCCUCCCCAAGCAUGGAAGAUGAGAAGCCCAAGGUCAACCACAAACUCUACAUGUGUGUAUGUGAAGGUCUCUCCUGUGGGAGUGAGGACCACUGUGAAGGCCAGCAGUGCUUCUCCUCAUUAAGUAUCAACGAUGGCUUCCACGUCUACCAGAAAGGCUGCUUCCAGGUCUACGAGCAGGGCAAGAUGACCUGCAAGACGCCGCCAUCACCAGGCCAGGCUGUGGAGUGCUGCCAAGGGGACUGGUGUAACAGGAACAUCACGGCCCAGCUGCCCACUAAAGGGAAGUCAUUUUCUGGAACACAGAAUUUCCACCUGGAGGUUGGCCUCAUCAUUCUCUCUGUAGUGUUCGCAGUAUGCCUUCUAGCUUGUCUCCUGGGAGUUGCUCUUCGAAAAUUUAAAAGGCGCAACCAAGAACGCCUCAAUCCUCGAGAUGUGGAGUAUGGCACCAUUGAAGGACUCAUCACCACCAAUGUUGGCGACAGCACUUUAGCAGAUUUACUGGAUCAUUCGUGUACGUCAGGAAGUGGUUCUGGUCUUCCUUUUCUGGUACAAAGAACAGUGGCUCGCCAGAUUACACUAUUGGAGUGUGUCGGGAAAGGCAGGUAUGGCGAAGUGUGGAGGGGCAGUUGGCAAGGGGAAAAUGUAGCUGUGAAGAUCUUCUCCUCCCGGGAUGAGAAAUCUUGGUUCAGGGAGACUGAAUUGUAUAACACUGUGAUGCUGAGGCAUGAAAAUAUUUUAGGUUUCAUUGCUUCGGACAUGACAUCAAGACACUCCAGUACUCAGUUGUGGUUAAUUACACAUUAUCAUGAGAUGGGAUCCUUGUAUGACUAUCUUCAGCUUACUACUCUGGAUACAGUUAGCUGCCUUCGAAUAGUGCUGUCCAUAGCCAGUGGUCUUGCACAUCUGCAUAUAGAGAUAUUUGGGACCCAAGGGAAACCAGCCAUUGCCCAUCGGGAUUUAAAAAGCAAAAACAUCCUGGUGAAGAAGAAUGGACAGUGCUGCAUAGCAGAUUUGGGCUUGGCAGUCAUGCAUUCCCAGAGCACCAAUCAACUUGAUGUGGGAAACAACCCGCGGGUAGGCACCAAGCGCUACAUGGCUCCCGAAGUUCUAGAUGAAACCAUUCAAGUGGAUUGCUUUGAUUCUUACAAGCGGGUUGAUAUUUGGGCCUUUGGACUUGUUUUGUGGGAAGUGGCCAGGCGUAUGGUAAGCAAUGGUAUAGUGGAGGAUUAUAAGCCACCGUUCUAUGAUGUGGUUCCCAACGACCCAAGUUUUGAAGAUAUGAGGAAAGUAGUCUGUGUUGAUCAACAGAGGCCAAACAUACCCAACAGAUGGUUCUCAGACCCGACACUAACCUCUCUGGCCAAGCUGAUGAAAGAAUGCUGGUAUCAGAAUCCAUCCGCAAGACUCACAGCUCUGCGUAUCAAAAAGACUUUGACCAAAAUUGAUAAUUCCCUAGACAAAUUGAAAACUGACUGUUGACAUUUUCGUCGUGUCAAGAAGGAAGAUGUGACAUUGUUGUUGUCCAGCUGGGACCUCAUACCGGCCUGACUGGCUGUCAGAACAGAAUCCCUGUCUCCCUCCCCAAGUGGCUGCUCUGACAAGGCAGAUAUCUUACCCAGCUGUGUGCUGGGGAGACACCAAAACCACCCUAACCUCGCUCAACGACUGUGAACUGGGCAUUUCACGAACUGUUCACACCACAGAGACUAAUGGUGGGCAGACACUGCUGCAAAGGUAGGGAACUGGAGGAACACAGAGAAAUCCUAAAAGAGAUCUGGGCAUUAAGACAGUGGCUUUUGCAUAUCUUUCACAGGUCUCCUAGACACUCCCCACGGGAAACUCAAGGAGGUGGUGAAUUUUAAUCAGCAAUAUUGCCUGUGCUUCUCUUCUUUAUUGCACUAGGAAUUCUUUGCAUUCCUUACUUGCACUGUUACUCUUAAUUUUAAAGACCCAACCUGCCAAAACGUUGGCUUUGUACUCCACUGGGCUGUCUUUGGAUAAUAGGAAUUCAAUUUGGCAAAACAAAAUGUAAUGUCAGACUUUGCUGCAUUUUACACAUGUGCUGAUGUUUACAAUGAUGCCGAACAUUAGGAAUUGUUUAUAUACAACUUUGCAAAUUAUUUAUUACUUGUGCACUAAGCAGUUUUUACAAAACUGCUGUGUGCAAAUGUUAAAGCUUAUUUUUAUGUGGUCUUAUGAUUUUAUUACCGAAAUGUUUUUAACACUAUACUCUGAAAUGGACAUUUUCUUUUAUUAUCAGUUAAAUUCACAUUUUAAGUGCUUCACAUUUGUAUGUGUGUAGACUGUAACUUUUUUUUCAGUUCAUAUGCAGAACGUAUUUAGUCCAGUACCCAUGUGACACCACCGAAUAUAUUACUGAUUUAGAAGCAAAGAUUUCAGUAGAGUUUUAGUCCUGAACGCUGUGGGGAAAAUGCAUUUUCUUCGGAAUUAUCCAUUAUGUGCAUUUAAACUCUGCCAGAAAAAAAUAACUAUUUUGUUUUAAUCUACUUUUUGUAUUUAGUAGUUAUUUGUAUAAAUUAAAUAAACUGUUUUCAA